AUGUUCUCUCUCUCUCUCUCUCUCUCUCACACACACACACACACUAUCUCUCUCUCACACACUCUAUCUCUCUCUCUUUCUUUCUUUCUCUCUUUCUUUACUUUUCCUUCCUUCAUUCUCUCUUUCAUUUUUCCUUCUUUCUUUCUUUCUUUCUUUUCUUCUUUCUUUCUCUCUUUCCUUUUUUCCUUCUUUCUUUCUUUCUUUCUUACUUUCCUUCUUUCUUUUCUUUUUCUCUCUUUCCUUCUUUCCUUGUUAGUUCCUUUCUUUCUUUCCAUCUUUCUUUCAUCCAACGCUUAUCUCGACCCCCUCCUCUCUAAUUAUUUCACUCUCUCCCCAUCUAUCUAUUUAUCUAUCUCAAUCUGUUCAUAUCUAUCUGUCUAUCUAUCUGUUCAUAUCUAUCGAAAUCAGUUCAUAUCUAUCUACGUAUCUAUCUAUCUAUCUAUCUCCAUCUGUUUAUAUCUAUCUAUCUAUCUAUCUAUCUAUCUAUCUAUCUAUCUAUCUAUUCUUUUCAUUUUAUAUAUAAGAUAUAAUAGAUCUAUCGUUCUCAACCUGUUCAUAUCUAUCUAUCUAUCUAUCUAUCUAUCUAUCUAUCUGUCUGUCUGUCUGUCUCAGUCUAUUAAUAUCUAUCUAUCUAUCUAUCUCAAUCUGUUCAUAUCUAUCUAUCUCAAUUUGUUCAUACCUAUCUAUUUAUCUAUUACAAUCUGUUCAUAUCUAGCUAGCUAG